GGACGUGGGCAGCGCGUGGUUCGUGGCCCUUCGGCUGCCAUGGCUACCCUAGAGGCGGCGGCGUCUCGUAAGCGGCGGCCCAAAGCUCAGUACGUGCAAGCGGCCAAGCGGGCCCGGCCGAGCGGGGCGCGCCAGCUGGAGGCGGGCAUGUGCGGCAUCCUCAUCACCUGUAACAUGAACGAGCGCAAGUGCGUGGCCGAAGCCUACAGCCUGCUGGGCGAGUACGGAGAACAGCUCUACGGGCCCGAGCAGUUCACAGACCACGACGACAGCAGAGUAUCAGGAAGUGAGGAUGAGGAGGACGCCGAAGCUGCUCUAAAAAAAGAAGUUGAUCAGAUUCGCGCUUCAACAGAACAGAAGCUGAGACGCUUCCAGUCAGUGGAGAGUGGUGCCAACAAUGUGGUCUUCAUCCGGACGCUGGGUGUAGAACCCGAAAAGUUGGUGCAUCACAUCCUGAAGGACAUGCACACCACCAAGAAGAAGAAAACCAGAGUGAUUCUGCGCAUGUUGCCUGUUUCCGGCACCUGCAAAGCCUUCCUGGAGGACAUGAAGCGUUAUUCGGAGACCUUCUUUGAGCCGUGGUUUAAAACUCCCAAGAAGGGCACUUUCCAGAUUGUGUACAAGGCUCGCAAUAACAGCCACCUGAGUAGAGAAGAAGUCAUCAAAGAACUGGCAGGAGUGGUCGGCCACCUCAAUCCAGAAAACAAAGUUGACCUGGGUAACCCUGAGUUUACCAUUGUGGUUGAAAUAAUUAAAAACAUCUGCUGUUUGAGUGUGGUGAAGGACUACGUUCUCUUCCGAAAAUACAACCUCCAAGAGGUGGUGAAGGGCAGCCAAGGGGAAGGGCAGCCAGGUGCCCCAAAGGUGCUGCCAGAAGUGGCCGGGUUGGCUGAAGAGACAACGGAAGGCAACAUAGAGACGGCCGAGAAAAAGGCCAGUGACAAUCACAAGGAUGGUGACCACUAACAGGCUUGGGAAAGAGAGAACCCAAAGGACCACAGACUGUCAGAAGAGGAGCCGGUGGCUCAGGGUGGGUUGGGGGGGUGGGUUAACUUGUUUUAAGCUCUCUGGGAGUUGCCCAGCAAAAGUGAGUCACCAUUGAGAGCAUCACACUAGAAGCCAGAUUGUCAAAGGCUGGUUUGCAGUGUUUUUUAAGGAUUUUCUUCUUGCGUGGGCCCCCUGUAAGUAUUAAUGGUCAUGUUCCGAUGCUCUGUUUCCUCUGAGCUUCUGUUGUUAAAAUUCAGCCGCAGCACCUGAGGCCUGCUUGUUUACUGCCUGAUGUCCCCCUUGCUUUGCACCUGCACUGAGUUUUCACGGCCCUGACUGGUAACAGCCACUGAUGGCGCAUCCAAAGUUUGUACUCCACAGGCUUUGGGUGCUUACAAAGCCUGUAAUUUGAGGAGAGGACAACAGCCCCCCAAAUCUUCUCUGGCCAGAGAAGAUUCUUACCUGCUGCUCUGCUACAAACCUUGGCACAGUGCUGAGAGACGGAGAGGAUUGGGGGCAGAAGCCUCUUCUUCCUGUCCUGGCAAUUGCCCAUUGCUAAAGCAGCAGGUAAAUUGGGAGGGGAAUACAACUUCCACGUGCUCACAUUCAGGCUUUGGCUAAUCCAUACAAUGUGUUGAUUUAUCCAAGCCUAAUUGUGAAGCUAGUGGGGCUUGCUCUAUCCUUGGUUGAUCCUACUUUUUGUGCGUAGACAGUAUAUAGUUUUGGACAUUGGAGGCUUCCAUUUUCAAACUGAUAUGUUACAUUGCAGGUUUUGUCAAGCUUUGUGCUAAUGUUUUCUGAACUGGGAUUGAGAUUUCUGAAGGGUUGUCAAUUCAGAGUAGAUGCAGGGGGAAAGUCUCUAAACAGUGUGGAGUUCAAAGAGUAAACCCUGUAAGUUGCCAUUGAUUUCAAAGCUGCUAGAUAAGAGGAUACAGGUGAGUUGAGAGAACAGAAAAUUCAGCAAUGCCUCUUUCUCUUGGACUGUUUUGUUCAUGUCUCUCCCCACCAAACAGUGAAAUGUUUUCGGAAUACAGCAAAUCACCCUCCUUUUUCUGCAAAUACAAGGAAGAGGGGGAGACAGUUCUUUUGGGCUAGUGGUUACCUGACUUAGAUGGCUGACCUGAUUUUCAGCCAGUAAAUGGGCCUGCGUCAUUCUGCCACACACAACCCCGGUUCUGACAUCAUACCGAAACCAGAUCACUAUGUGAAAAAGUCUGGCAGGGGACUUGAACUCCCUCUUUUUGUGUCCUGCGAGUGGAUUAGCCCUGGUCUACACAUGUGGUAUUAUAAGGUGAUACAGGCACAUCCCCCAGAGGGAGGUUGAAUGGACUGUUCCACUUCAGAGGGCAGGUUCGAAGUCACGCUUCAAAUGCUGCCUUAAUUGCUGUAAGUGGGAAACUAGUACGGCAGGGUGGGAUCCCUACUGCUCUAGCUUUGAUUUUAAACUGCAGCAAUUUUAUUUUUUUACAUUCAGGGAGCAUUUAAAGAACAUCAUCCUCCACUUGUGUCCUGAAGUUUGUAGAACCCAUUCUGCCACCUCUUUCUGCUGCAUGUAUAGACUUGGCCUCGGUUCUGCCAUUGCAUAGAAGCUUCAGCUUAUUCCUGUUCACCAACCAUAGUUUCCAGGUCUGUUGUAUUGGCAGACAAUGAUUUGCUGGAAACUAGGAAAUAACUGACUGGCAUCAGACACAGAAGGGGGCCAAGGGAAGCAUUACGGGAAGGAGCUUCAAGUUCUUUCCACCCAUUCUUCUCAUGCACCAUUUUAACAAGUCAAGAGUGGCAGUCAGUACGAUACAAAGGACAUCUCAUUAAAGAACCGUGUAGCAGACGUUCUCUCAUUAACCCAUGGAUGAAAGGGGUGCUGAGGAAAGUUGUAGCCGUGCAGUCUCUCUCCGCACUCCCUGGUUUUCCAGACAUUUCUUAUCCCACAAAAGAUACGGCCAUCUUUAUGCACCCUGACCGACUGAGGAAGAAACGGUCUCUUUGGAGGGACAGAAAGAUGCAUUCAGACAUCUUAACAAGCCUCCACUUAUUUGUAACAAGCAAGAACAUAGCUAAUUUGACGUGUUGGUGUGCUCUCUCGCUCCUCUUUUGGCAAGCUGGUUUUAGUUGACUUCCUACAAGCACGAAUUGUGAACUGGGAUUCGACCUUCUGUUUUUGGACAUCACCGCUAAUUGGGGGUUGAGCAAAGUUCUGAAUUGCACUCAGUGUCCCAAAGUAGAGGCUCAAAGGAGUGAGCACGGGCACGCAGGGGCUGUGCUUGUGCCCAUUAUAGACACAAAGGUGGUGACUUUGGCUUCCUCUUAUGGCUGGUAAACAAUGGAAGAGGCUGCCAACGUAGCUCUGCGGCACCAGAAACUGGUUGCUGGGUGCUCAUUCCUUGGGCUGAUGGCAGCCACAGCUGGGAUAGCAGUGCAAGCGAAUGAUUCAUUGAUGCUGCUUGUUUGCUUCCUGCGGUGGGUGUUGGCGGGAUGGAACAGCUGUUAGCCUGCACGUGCAAGAGGCAAAAUGCACCUACAGCAACUUUUAAAAAAUUAUACCCUGCCUUUCAGAAAUAAUCAAAUCUCUUUUAGUAACUAGGUGCAAACAUGUUUUUGAGGGAUUUCCCCCUCCCCAAGGGCCAGCAUGCGCUCAGCUUUUCAUUUGACUUUGGAGCAUCUCAGAAAACAAUGUUUAUGCUUUCAAACAUCUAAUAAGGGGUAAAACAUUUCCAUUUUGUAUAUUAUCUCGUGUACCUUUCCUUUUUUUAAAAAAAAAAUUAAAACUGGCUGUGUUUCCCUUUGAAACUGACCUUCGUCAAUACAUUUUAUGUCUGA